AGUACUCUCGUACUUACAUUUCUUCCUCUCUCCUCUCCUCUCUCUCCCUCUCUCUCUCUCUUCUAUCUUCUCUCUUCUCUCUCUUGGUGUCAUAUCAUAUCUUUGGGGGAGCUCCAUGAAAUAGUUCCUCACAUCAAACCCAUAAUAAUCAGCACGCCUUGCUCGCUAGCCCUUAUAGCUCUCAGCCCCACAUACCCUUUCCCUUCACUUCCCUCUUAGUCUUUACUUACCAAACAAAGACACCAUCUUUGCUCUGCACUCUCUCUUUUGUGAAAUGUCCUUGAACCAUUUCUCUUCCUCCGAGCUUCAAGAAACGCAGUGGUGGAACAACUCGACGACUCAACAAAACCAGCAACAGCCCUCUGAAUUCACCAUGGACACUUUCCACCCUCAAUUGUAUCAAAAUUACCAGCCCGGCUGGCUCGGCUCCCAAAUCGCCCAACAGCCCCCGACCCUCAAUUUCAACCUCAACCAUCAACACAACGACGCCGCCGACAGAGAAUUACAACAGCCAGAGCUUCAGAUCGACAUGGGGGAUGACAAAGAGACCAUGUUCGAGAAGCCGCUGACCCCAAGCGACGUCGGCAAGCUCAACCGCCUCGUCAUUCCCAAGCAGCACGCCGAGAGGUACUUCCCUCUUGGCGGCGGCAACGGCGGAGAGUCAGGAGGCGAGAAGGGGCUGCUGCUGAGCUUCGAGGAUGAGUCCGGAAAGUGCUGGAGGUUCCGGUACUCGUACUGGAACAGCAGCCAAAGCUAUGUAUUAACCAAAGGGUGGAGCCGCUACGUGAAGGAAAAGCGCCUCGACGCCGGCGACGUCGUUUUGUUCGAGCGGCGCCGAAACGACAGCGAGCGCCUCUUCAUUGGGUGGAGGCGCCGUGGGGCGCAAGAGAGCAGCGGCGCUGGUGGUGGGGCUAGUAACACGUCGGCGCAGGUUAGCGGAAGCGGCGGGGGUGCUGGUGCUGGUGUUGAAAGUGGAGGUAGUAGAGCUGGUUGGACCAGGAUCUUCUAUUCUGCGCCGCAGUCUUAUCCUGCGCCCCAUCAUCACAGUGUGCCAUACCCACCUGACUAUCUACAACAUGCAGCCGCAGCAGCAGCAGGAUCUCCUGUUCAGAACCAGACGCCGUCGUCGUCAUCUGGCGGCAACUCGAGGAUAUUGAGGCUGUUUGGGGUGAACUUGGAGUGCCAGCAGCAGGAUGAUGAGUCCGAACCAUCCACACCAGAUGGGUCGUCUUUGUCAAGCCAGGGUCCAACCCACCACCAGUUCUAUCCUAAUCCUACUCAUGCUUAUUAUGGAGACCACAGGGAUUUCACUUUCUCCAGAGAUGCGAACCCCCCCAUGAGAAAUCGACGAGGAUAGAGAUCCUUGGAUGUGACGUCCUUGAUUGACUCCAACUAUUUUAAUUUUUAACCCACUUGGAAAAAUCUCCACCAAAAGAACUUAGAACCCAGAAAAAAAAAAAAAAAAAAAAAAAAAAAGAGGA